GGCGAGAAGAAAAUUAGGUUAUGUUUGUUUUGACGUUUUUUCCUGUGUAGUGAUCUGUGAUACUUGAUUUUAAAUUUAUAUAGUUUUGAGGAUGUCAGCUACUUUCAAGAAUGCGAAAAAGAAGUUAUCACAAUCAGAACUUCGCAAGUUUAUGAAUGAACAUAAAACUAAAGCUAAAGAUGUGAAGAAAAUCGAGUCACCCCUAGCAAAAUAUAAUGAUCAGGGCCAACUGACCUGUAUACUCUGUAAAUCUGUUGUGAGAAGUGAAGCAGUUUGGACCAUACACAUAAAUGCCAAACAACAUAAACAAAAUGUGGAGGUUGCAAAAAAGCUAAAAGAAAGAACCAACAAUUUCACAACGCCACUCAAAAGACCUUUAACACCUCCGCUUCCUGACGUUCCUACGAAAAAACUCAAAAGCAUUCUGAAAAACAGUACAUCAGAAACAUCAACACAGUCACUAGUUGGGAGUACAAAUGGUUUAGAAGCUGAAGAAAACAAGUUACCCGAUGACUUCUUCGACUCAAAGAACUCAAAUCGUACCAGUCCCUUCAAGAAAAAAGAUGGGAAUCCAACAGAGAGUGUUGUUGUUCCUGAAAAUAAAGAUCCUCUACCCGAAGGAUUUUUUGAUGAUCCAAAACUAGAUGCAAAGGCCAGAAACCAAGAAUAUAGAGAUCCCAUAGAAGAAGAAUGGGAAAAAUUUGUCCGUGCUAUAAAGGAUGCAGAUAGCGAGAGUAACGCUAUAAUUGCUGAAGAUCAAACUGAAGCUACCACAGAGAGACAAAUUCACGAAAUUGAAGAACAGAUGCAAAACUUCGCCAGGGUAUUGGAUUGGAAAAAAGAGAAGGACGAGUUCAGGUUACAUAUCAAACCGAAAAGUACAAAUGAAAGUGAAAGUGAAAGUGAUGAUGAUGAUGAUAUAAGUGAAGACUUUGAUUGGAGAAGUAAACAUUCCUAACUGAACAUGUGAGGAAUAGUUGUUUAUCGUUCUCAUAAAAAAAGGAAAACCUAAUAAGAGGUAUUAAAACUUGUCAUUUUGUAUAAUAAAUCAGCUGUUAUUUUUAUAUUUGUGUUGAGUAUGCCCCUGUAUCUGGUAAUAGAACGGUAUAUGUAUUGUAUUAAUAUAUGAUUCUAUAUAUUAUUAUCAUUGAAUAUACCGACCGUUUUUCGGAGUAAUAAAUGCUCACAUCUGA